ACUAAAACGUUUUUUCUUCUUCCUUUCCAGACAUGGAGCUGAAAAACGUUUACGAACGUUACCAAGCGAGGCUAAGGAACUCCGCCUUCUUGGGUGUCGUCAGCAUAGGCGCCUUGGCUUCCUGUUGUCUGCUGGGAACUAUGCUGCACGGCUCUCAGAGCUACGAGUGGAGUCCGGCGGCCGUCAUCCUGUGCUGUUACCUGGGGUUCCUGCUGCUCAUCAUCGGGAUGGCUCAGCAGGUCUUCACCGCUAACAUUAGCGUAAUCUCAGCCAUCCUCGCUACGACCUUCUGGCUCAUCACCGCUAGCAUCCUGGUGAGCGUGGGUAUCCUUCACCAGCCCAAGAGCUCCGCCCACCUCACCCCCCCUGCUUUCCUGCUGGUACUCAUCACCCACACCACGGUGCCCCUACGCCGCGCCCACACCCGAAUUCUGGCCGGGAUCUCCACGUUGCUGCCCUUGGUGACGAUGCUCGCGUCGCCGGCGCUGACGUGGGGCGUGAGGCAGCUGUCUCAGUCGGACUUCGGCGCAGCGAGCAGUUCUAAACAUAGAGCUUUUCUGGGUUACAAGCACAUCAUCUUCAUUAGCCGCAAGGCAUCCAUCCGCACUUGCACACGUGCUUGCCUGUGCGUGUAUAAAAACAGGUCUGUCCCCAAUCUGAAGCCUAUUACCAUACCAAACUUUCCAAAAUGGGAUCAAAAUCAGCUCUAUAACAAAGGAAAACUCCGAUUCUAUCUCGACACUACACAUAUGGUUUCAGAUGUCUCACACGCAACCACCUCGAGUCUCAACACCUCAACAGAUCUUCCGAUGUCACAGAAUCUUUUACUUUUUCAGCUUUUCCUCCUCCGAUAA